AUGUCCAAAAGAAACUAUGAAAGCGCCUUUUACGAAAAGGAAGCUAAGAUUUCCACUGACAGGAGGCGAUUGAACGUGAAAAAACAUACCCUGGACAGUGAUGAAGAAGAUGAUGUUGAUGAAGAUAACAUUCUAGAUGCAGAUGACAUCGAAGGCGAAGAAGAUGGCAUCGAUAGGCAAGAAGGCGAACAAAAAAUGACCGCUUUCAACAUGAAAGAGGAAAUGGAAGAAGGCCAUUUUGAUAAACAAGGACAUUUCAUCUGGAACAACGAGAAAGAAGUCAGGGAUAACUGGCUAGACAACAUUGAUUGGCAAAGAAUAAAACAUUCCUCUGAUAGCAAGGAUAAGUACAAUGUGGAUGAACAAGGUUUGGGAGCAGAGAGUGACUCUGAAUCUGAGACAGGGGACAAAUUUGAUGAGAUUCUUUCUUACAAGAAUAUGUUACAGUACAUGAGAGCCAAAGAGACUGUUAAUAAAGCUUUGAAGCGUUUGGGAGGUGCUGAUAUGAAACUAUCCAGUGUGGAGAGGUUGAAACGUAAAAAGGCAGGCACUCUCAUUGAUAACAAGGAUGUGAUCAAUUUGACAGAGCUGGCUAAUGGAAUAUUAACUAAACUGGGAAAUAUGGAUGUUUACCAAGAAACAUAUGAGCAUAUUCAAGCCAAAGUUGCUGACAGUGAGAAGAAAAACAGAGCAGUUGUCUCUGAACCUGAGCUAGAUAUGUAUGCUGAUGAUUUUGAUGAAAAGGAAAAGAAAGUCAAAUUUGGAGGUGAAUCAUCCAGUUCCCAUGAAACUGGAGCAGAUGAUAGUCUGAAUCAAAAAAAUGAACUUUUGUGGGAAUUCAAAUGGAAAAUUGAGGAUGAGGAAAUACAUGGGCCCCAUAGCACAGCCCAGAUGGUUAAAUGGUCCAAAGAAAAUUAUUUCAAAGGUGGAGUAAUGGUCAGAAAAUGUGGGGAGAACUCCAAUUUCUAUACCUCAAAUAGAAUUGACUUUGAAUUGUAUGAAUAG